AUGACCAAGUACUUUCCAAAGGCGAUUGGAUUGGGUGCAGAAGUGCGAAUCACCUGUAAGCGGAUUGAGAAAUUUCUUCUUCUCGAAGAGACAACCUCAGACUGGGAAAGUUCGUUAAAGAAGGAAAAAACGAGUGCUAAACAAAACUGCUACAAACUGCCGAAACCGAAAUCGCCGAUUGUCAACGAGCCUAGCUUGACCAUUGAGCACAUAACUGCCCGGUGGAAUGCGGACCCUCAAUCCCAGCAAACACUGUCAGACAUAUCAGUUGACCGCCUGGUCAGCGGCAACCUUCUCGCCGUGGUCGGCAGCGUCGGCUCAGGGAAAAGUUCCCUUCUGAUGACACUACUAAAGGAGUUACCUUUGCAGUCGGGAACCAUCAGCGUAGAAGGGUCGUUGGCCUACGCCAGCCAGGAGGCCUGGUCUUUCAAUGACAGCAUCCGCAAUAACAUUCUUUUUGGUGCACCCUACGAACCAGAGCGAUAUCGACGGGUGAUUGAGGUGUGUGCCUUGAAACGAGAUUUGCAACUGCUGCCGCACUCUGAUCAGACACUGGUCGGUGAGAAAGGCGUCCAACUUUCUGGAGGGCAGAAGGCUAGGGUUAACCUCGCAAGAGCCGUUUACCGAGACGCCGACAUUCUCCUGCUCGAUGACCCGCUCUCGGCAGUGGACGCCACCGUGGCGGAGCACAUUUUUGAGCAGUGCAUUGUCGGCUACUUGACCAACAAGAUCCGCAUCCUUGUCACGCAUCAGCUGCAGUUUGUGGAGAAGGCCACCAAGAUCCUGGUGCUCAAGGAGGGUAGCAUUCUCGCCUACGGUACCUGGACGGAGCUUCAGCAGCAAGGCGUCGAUUUUAUGAGCAUUCUAGAAAAAGAAAAUGAAGAGGCAAAAAAGAAGGAAAACGAAAGUUCAGAAAACGACCCCAAAAGCCUUCACUCUGAAACUUCAUCUCUUUCCUCUUCUACUUCAUCAGUGUACAGCACCUUUCAAAGCAUCACAGAUAGCGUCAAAAGAAAAGGAAGCAGCUCCUCUUCCUCAAUCACCUCGUCCAAUCUCAGUUCGUCCCAACUUUCACUAAACCUUCUCAACCAGGAAGUGGUCAAGGUAAAAGAGGAACUGGCCCAGGUGGGCUCACUCGACGCCGCCGUCUACGGAAAGUACAUUCGCGCCAGCGGGGCGCCCCUUCUCUGGAUCACCAUGAUCACCUUCACCCUGCUUUCACAGUCGCUCUUUCACGGCACCGACAUCUUUCUCACGUACUGGACAACGAAAAAUCAAGAGGAGGAAAAAGUGCCAGAAAGUGGCAACAAUACCACUAAGCUAUUUGAUGAUAUCGACGAACAACAGCGAGACAUCUUCAUCUACAGCGGCCUGAUUGUCGCCCUCUUUGCCAGCACUAUAGUGCGCAGCUUCAGCUUCUUUGCCAUUUGUAAUCGGGCCUCG